UCACGUGUACUUACAUAGUGGAGCUCGUCUGCUUUCAGAAAUCGGAUCCGAGCGUCUCAAUAUUUGCUCCAAUCCGUUGAUCAAUAUUCUUCAAUCCACGAUCAAUCUGAUACAUUUGCUCCGUCUAAAAUUCUCUGAAAAUACAGCCUGCGCCGAACGCAGAUCACGCUGAAUCCUAGCUGAAACUCGUGAAUUGUUCUCGCGUUGGUACAACGUUUAUUUACGUGCGCCGGCGAGGUAGAUUAAGACGGUACCAGCAAGUGAAUUGAUUCUUCGAUAUUAUUUGGCUUUUUUAACAGUAAAAAAUCUGAGUACGAAAUUCAAAAAUUCGAAAUGUCCAAAGGGAUCGUUUUCGUAACGGGGAAUGCGAAAAAGCUGGAAGAGGUGAUAGCUAUUCUCGGGAAAAACUUUCCAAAAGAAGUGACCAGCAGGAAAAUAGAUCUUCCCGAAUAUCAAGGAGAAAUUGAGGAGAUAUGCAGGGACAAGUGCAGAGCCGCCGCGGAAAUUGUCAAGGGCCCAGUCGUGGUGGAGGACACUUCUUUAUGUUUUAAUGCUAUGAACGGACUCCCUGGGCCCUACAUUAAAUGGUUUUUGGAAAAAUUAGGGGUUGAAAAACUCCCGACUAUGUUGGCCGGCUGGGAAGAUAAGUCUGCCCAAGCAGUUUGCACUUUCGCAUAUUGCAACGGCGAUCCCAAUGGCGAUGUGAAAAUUUUCCAAGGACGCACCGACGGCUUCAUAGUAGCACCCCGUGGAACAAGGGAAUUUGGAUGGGACGCUUGCUUUCAACCCGUUGGAUACGAUAAAACGUACGCUGAAUUACCCAAAGAGAUAAAAAAUCAAAUCUCUCACCGCAGCAAAGCUCUCUCUGUAUUGAAAGAUUAUUUCUUCAAUAAUCCGACGCAAUAAAUCUGGAGUUGCGAUCUCGCUUUUCUGGAUGAUGUUUAUUAAAAAAAAAUGGUUUAAUCAGAUUGUAA